CAAUAUGCCUCUUAGAAAUGUGGUUUCCUGGAACACAAUGAUUGCAGCAUGUAUACAAAACGGCAAUGCCAAGAAAGCCUUGCAAGUUUUUGGUGAAAUGGAAGAAUACCCCGACGCGGUCACCAUUGCUUCCGUUCUUCCUGCAUGUGGCCUCCUGGGCUGUCUUUCUCGGGGCAAGGAAAUCCACGCUUAUGUUUCGCACAAAAUGGACAGUAUGAGGAUUCUCUGAACGUGUUGAGUGAAAUGCAUAGGGUAGGAGCUUUGAAACCCAACUCUGUGACAAUUGCAGGUGUUGUGCCUGCAUUGGCCUGCUUAGGAUGUGUGGGGCAGGGCAAAGCUAUUCACAGCUAUGCCAUCAAGUGCGGGUAUGAGUCCCAUGUGUCUGCCAUGAAUUCGCUGAUGGAUAUGUAUGUCAAAUGUGGGAACAUGGAGGAUGCACGCCGAUUGUUUGAUAACAUGUCCCAAAGGGACGUGGUUUCAUGGAACACCAUAAUAGGAGGUUAUGCAUUCGCAGGAUACUCUUAUGAUUAUGAAAAGAAGAAUCUGAGUCUGAAUCUGAAUUUGAUGAGAUUGGAAGGAGUGAUACCUGACUCUGUCACCAUUAUAAAUAUUGUGUCAGGGUGUGGGCAGGCUGGAGCUUUGGAACAGGGCAGGAGGGUUCAUUCUUACCUAAUCAGAAAUGGAUUCGAGUCGCACCUUUCUGUGGGGAAUGCACUCAUUGACAUGUAUGCCAAAUGUGGGAAUGCCGAGGCUGCCCACCAUGUAUUUGCUCAGAUGCCUCAAACGAACGUAAUCUCCUGGAACACAUUGAUUGGAGGGUAUGGGAUGAACGGUUUUGGUCAAGCUGCCCUCGGUCUGUUCUACAAAAUGCAACAACAAUGCCAAGGCCAAGGCCUCAAACCAAACUACGUUACCUUUAUUGCUAUCCUCUCUGCCUGUAGCCAUGCAGGCCUGGUAACUGAGGGUUUACAAAUAUUUGAUUCUAUAACCCAAUAUUAUGACAUUGCUCCAACUGUUGAGCAUUAUGCAUGUGUAGUGGACCUCCUUGGUCGAGCUGGCCGUCUCGAUGACGCGCAUUCUUUAAUUGCGAUGAUGCCAGUAGAAGUAGAAGCCGAUGCCAGUGUGUGGGGAGCCUUACUUGGUGGCUGCAGAAUUCACCGCCAUUUAGAAUUAGGAAAAUGUGCUGCUGAGCACCUAUUCCAACUAGAACCCAAAAAUACUGGAAAUUAUCUACUCCUUGCAAACAUGUACGCUGCAUCUGGAAUGUGGGAACAAUGCAUACAAAUAAGAACAAUUAUGAAAAACAAAGGGUUGAGAAAAACUCCUGGAUGCAGUUGGAUAGAAGCCAAGAACAUGCUUCAUGUGUUCCGUGCGGGAGACCAAUCACACCCUCAGUCAAAAGGAAUCUACGAAACUUUAGAAAGAUUGAGUGAGCAGAUGGAGGGAGCAGGAUAUAAGGCUGAUACUACUUUUGCCUUGAUUAACGUGGAAGAGGAGGAGAAGGAUCAGACCUUAAAUGUUCAUAGUGAAAGACUGGCAAUUGCGUUUGGGCUUAUCAACAUACCUUGUGGAACACCAAUCCGUAUUAGCAAGAACCUUCGAAUGUGUGGUGAUUGCCACAAUGCUACCAAGUUUAUUUCUAGGAUUGUCUGCCGAGAAAUUAUUGUUCGUGAUUCACAUCGCUUUCAUCGUUUCAAAGAUGGUCUUUGUUCUUGUGGAAAUUACUGGUGAUGUCUAGAAGCGAUUGAUUGUUUUCGUAUUCUAAAUUCAACUGUUGGUCUUGAUCCUUUCAGUGUCUAGUUGAACACUGUUAUGUUCAGAAUGUUUUUUACUGCAAUUUAAACUUACUCUUGUUAAUUUAUAAAUAUACAACCAUCAAUCUACAAGGGAGGCAUUGGCAAAUCAA